GUUUUCCCCUAUUUUCUUCUACUCUCCUUUUUCGCAAUUUCCUCUCAUUCUUUCACUUCUACUUCUUCACAUUUUCUUCUUAACGAAAGCCCCUAUUUGCACCCUCCAUUUAUUUUCUUUCUGUGGUCAACAUGUUAAAACAAGGUUAUGAUCCAAUUUCAAUUAAAAACAUUUACUAUAUGCAAGCUUCAAUGGAUAUGCCUAGUGGAAUAGUUUCUUGUAAUUCAACCAAUGCAAUGAGGGAGAUGAAUGAUAUAAUUUCAUAUGUUGGCAAUGUGGAGUUGUAUGUACACCAUGACAUCAAUAUACCUGAGAUUAUUGAGGGUCCACUAUUGCUUACAAGAGCAGUAAGUAAUGAUAAGGAAGUAUUAGAUGCUCAUGAUGAGGGUGACAAUAGUGAUAGUGAUGUUUCUCUGCAUGAGGAUACAAGAUCAAGUGAUAGUGUAUGGUCAUUGGGAAGUGACAAAACUGAUGAUGAACAAGUCAGUAUUGUUGAAUUGGCUAAGGAGGUAAGGAAGAAAAGGAGAAAUGCAAAAAGAAGCAGAAGAAACAAGUCUAAGGCAACUGCAACUGAUUUGCAUAAUGCAAUUGGGAAUAAGCAACAAGAUGAUCAUGUUGAUGAACUUGUAGUCCCUUAAGAUCAACCAAAUGUCCAAGAAGCUAUUGUCACAGAUGUUGUUGGUGUAGAAAAAACUACAAGGAAAACAAAUAGUAGAGGUAGAAAAAAUAAAUAUGCUCCUUAGCA